AUGCCUACUACGACCGCGGAAACGCUUUCUCUCGUCACUCGGAACGUAUCUGUAGCACCUCUGGUGUUGCUGUCCGCUGUCGACCACUACAACCGUACAGUCCAAAAUAGAACGAAGAGAAGGGUAGUUGGCGUUCUUCUAGGUCAGAAUGAUGGCAAAAAUGUGAGGGUAUCCAACAGCUUUGCAGUGCCUUUUGAGGAAGAUGAAAAGGACCCUUCAGUCUGGUUCCUAGACCACAACUAUGUCGAGUCAAUGAACGACAUGUUCAAAAAGGUCAACGCUCGAGAAAAGCUGAUAGGGUGGUAUCACUCGGGUCCCAAGCUACGAGCAUCGGACCUCGAGAUCAACGAGCUUUUCAAGCGCUACACCUCGAACCCGCUUCUCGUAAUCAUUGAUGUCCAGCCCAAGAAAUCAGGGGUGCCCACCGAUGCGUACUUUGCCGUGGAGGAAAUCAAGGACGACGGCACCACAACCUCGAGGACCUUUGUCCACACACCGUCCAUCAUUGAAGCGGAAGAAGCUGAGGAGAUAGGUGUCGAACACUUACUACGGGACAUACGAGACGUGGCAGUGGGCACUCUAUCUACACGGGUUACAAACCAACUCCAGUCGCUUCAGGGCCUUCAUUUACGGUUGCGAGACAUUGGAGCCUAUUUGCAGAAGGUCUUGGAUGGGAAACUGCCCGUCAACCAUGCCAUUCUGGGCAACCUACAGGACGUCUUCAAUCUCUUGCCGAACCUGUCCAGUCCCGAGAGCGAUGGGAAAUCCGUCGGUGGAGAGCUGUCUUAUGCAAUGAGCAUAAAAACGAAUGACCAGCUCAUGGCAAUCUAUCUCAGCAGUUUGAUACGCGCCAUAACAGCGUUCCACGACCUGAUAGAGAACAAGAUUCAAAAUAGACAGCAACAGGAGGACAAGGAAGCUAAAAAGGAUGAGAAUGGAGGUCUAGGUGAGAGCAAGGAAAAUGGGACGGCUGCAGACGGCGAGAAGCAGAGCAGCAGCGAUAAAGCUAAAGAAGUCAAGGACAAGAAGAAAUAG